AUGGAGAUGGGGGCCCGGAUGUUGAAUAAGGAUGGGGAGAAUACAGAGUCCCCCAAUGGGAAGACGUUCAAGUCGGAGAAGUUCCCGCUAUCAUGGUGGGAGUUUGUUGUUGCUUUGGGAGUGUUCUUGGUGUUUCUGACCGGGUUGUUCUGCAUCUACCUCACCAUGCCAGCAACAGCAUAUGGGGAGCUCAGGCUGCCCCGCACCCUUUUUGAACUUCGAGUGAUUAAACUGGUCACUGCCGAAUCUCGUCAAAUGCCUUCUGUCGAGGAUUUGAUUUGUCGGGUUGGAAGAAUCCAUUUUGCAAUGCCCAAACUUCCAGCUCCGUGGAGACGAAUGGUAGGAAUGGUAGGAUUUGAUUUGUCGGCAAUGGUAGGAAUGAAGGAGCUUUGGGCGGCGGAAAUGGUAGUAAAGGGACUCUUUCCCCUUUUUCAUUAG